AUGACAACAAAUUUGAACAAUUUUUACGCUUAUAUUCGAUUGGCAAAAACUUAUUGGUUCUUGACUGCUUUCAUCUUCCCCAUUUCUAUAAGUUUAAUACUUAUUAAGUAUUUUAAUAAUUUGAAAUAUAAAAUUUUAUUAAAACAAUUUGAAGGAAAAGUUGUAUUAAUAACUGGUGCAAGUUCAGGCUUAGGUGAAGCUUUAGCACAUUGUUUUUACAAUGCCGGUUGUAAAGUUAUACUAUCAGCCAGAAGGGAAAAUGAAUUAAUAAGAGUUCGUGACAUUCUCGUAAAUACGUAUAAGACUCAAAAAAAUCAUCCAGUAAUUUUACCAUUAGAUUUAUCAGAUAUUGAAUCGGUAUCAAAACAAGCACAAGUUGCAUUAUCGAUAUUUGGACAUAUUGAUGUUCUCAUAAACAAUGCUGGAAUAAGUUUUAGGGGAAGAAUUAGUAAAACUGAUAUAAGUGUAGACAAAUUUAUUAUGGAUGUUAAUUAUUUUGGUCCAGUAGCAUUAAUUAAAGCAAUACUACCACAAAUGAUUGAUAGGAAAAAAGGUCACAUUGUUGCUGUAAGCAGUGUUCAAGGAUUAAUUGGUAUACCAUAUAGAUCAGCAUAUGCUGCUUCAAAACAUGCACUUCAAGCUUUCCAUGAUGUUCUUAGAGCAGAGGUAGCUUCGAACAAUGUAAAAGUUUCUGUUAUAAGUCCAGGUUAUAUUAAAACGAAUUUGUCAGUUAAUGCAUUAACUGAAAAUGGGAACCAAUACAAAAUUAUGGAUGAUACUACUGCCAAAGGAAUAGAACCGACACGACUAAGUAAAAUUUUAUUUAAAAAUAUAGUUUUAGAAAAGAAAGAUUUAGUGGUAGCCUCUCUUACAUCUAAAUUAGCAAUUUUUAUAAGAAACAUCAGUCCAUCAAUAUUUCAUUGGAUUAUGAUGGAAAGAGCCAAAAACCUACCCUUAAUAAAGUAA